UUUAUGCCUUAGAUCAGAUGAUAGAUCUUGUCUAUUGUUGCUUAUAUAAUUUGCAACUAAACCUGUCUCUUUUGCUUAACUUCUAUCUGCCCUGCAUUUUCAAGGUAUAGCAAUGGGUAUGGCUAUAUCUAGGCUUAUAAAGCUACUCUUUGCAAAGAAAGAAAUGAGAAUUCUGAUGGUGGGUUUAGAUGCUGCAGGAAAAACAACCAUCCUCUACAAGUUAAAGCUCGGAGAGAUUGUUACUACCAUACCUACCAUUGGGUUCAAUGUUGAAACUGUUGAAUACAAAAAUGUUAGCUUCACUGUCUGGGACGUUGGAGGACAGGAUAAGAUUCGACCGCUAUGGAGACAUUACUUUCAGAACACACAAGGUCUUAUCUUUGUGGUGGAUAGUAAUGAUAGGGAAAGGAUUUCCGAAGCCAGAGAUGAACUUCAACGGAUGUUGAGUGAGGACGAACUAAGGGAUGCAACUCUACUCGUUUUUGCCAAUAAGCAAGAUCUUCCAAAUGCGAUGACUGUUUCAGAAGUCACUGAUAAACUUGGUCUGCACUCACUGCGCCAGCGCCGUUGGUACAUUCAGGCUACUUGUGCUACCUCUGGCCAAGGACUUUACGAGGGUCUUGAUUGGCUGUCCAGCAACAUCUCUAGCAAGGGAUAAUCCGAGUUCAAAAUUACCAUCUCAUCUCAAUCCGGAAAGUUACUACUAUGCUAAAGAAAGACUCAACACUUAUCACAAGAGGAACAGAAAAUCAUGUAACUACAACUUCACAUAUUAUAUAUUAUUUUAAAGCAAUUGUUGUGAACUAUUAAUACUGUCAAGCAAACAGCAAUAAUGGAAGAAAUCAAACAAGAAAGUAACAUAGUGAUUUA